UUACUCUGAAAGAGUUGAAUCAUCCUUUGAUGUGUUAUAAUCAUGGGAUUAAAGUUUUAGGUUCUGUUAAUGGGUUGCUUUGCAUUUCUAAUGUUGUUGAAGAUAUUGCUGUGUGGAACCCAUCAACUAGAAAGCAUCGUGUGGUGCCCUUUUUGCCUAUUGAGCUGAAAAGGUAUUUUGGGACCAAGUCUUGUAGUGUUUAUGUGUUUGGAUUUGGGUAUGAUAGUGUUAGGGAUGAUUAUAAGCUUGUUAGGAUUGCGCAAUUUGGAGGUGGGGGGAAGAGGAGUUUUGAGUCUGAGGUUAAGGUAUAUAGUUUGAGGAAACAAUCGUGGAGGAGGAUUGGUGAUAUGCCUUAUUGUGUUCACUAUCCUGGUGCAAAUGGGGUUUUCGCUAAUGGUGCUUUGCAUUGGGUUGUGGGUGAGAAUCCUGAAUCGAAUGUGGCAAAUAUAGUUGUUGCAUUGGAUUUAGGAGUCGAGGAUUAUAGGGAGCACGUCGUGAACACUAUCAAGAUAUAUUGUUCCUUCAUAUCUGUAUAUUAA